CUCGGAACCCGGAAGCGGGAGGUGCGCCCGGGGAGCUACCCGUUCCAAGCUGGGGAGGCGGCGGCCUCGGGCUGCUCCGCCGCGCGCCCCUUUGCCAGCUGCUCCCGCGGGGCCUCUGCUCUGCAGCUGCUCGGCCCGCCCGCGCCCCGCCGCCUGCAGCCGCCGCGCCCGAACCGGGGCAAAGAGUCAUCUGCGCUGGAGAGAAAGGGACGCGGGGGCGGCCACGGCAGGAUUAACCUCUGUUUCCCCUCAUCAUGGGAGAGAUCAAAGUCUCUCCAGAUUAUAAUUGGUUUAGAAGUACAGUUCCCCUUAAAAAGAUCAUCGUGGAUGACGACGACAGUAAGAUAUGGUCGCUGUAUGACGCCGGCCCCAGGAGCAUCAGGUGUCCUCUCAUCUUCCUUCCCCCUGUCAGCGGAACUGCAGAUGUGUUUUUCCAGCAGAUUUUGGCUUUGACUGGAUGGGGUUACCGGGUUAUAGCUUUGCAGUAUCCCGUUUAUUGGGACCAUCUUGAAUUCUGUGAUGGAUUCAGAAAACUUUUAGACCACUUACAAUUGGAUAAAGUCCAUCUGUUUGGGGCAUCUUUGGGAGGCUUUUUGGCUCAGAAAUUUGCUGAAUACACUCACAAGUCCCCCAGAGUACACUCCCUCAUCCUCUGCAAUGCCUUCAGUGACACUUCCAUCUUCAACCAAACGUGGACUGCAAACAGCUUCUGGCUGAUGCCAGCGUUUAUGCUUAAGAAAAUAGUUCUUGGGAACUUUUCCUCUGGCCCAGUGGACCCGAUGAUGGCCGAUGCCAUCGAUUUCAUGGUGGACAGGCUGGAGAGUUUGGGCCAAAGUGAACUGGCUUCAAGACUAACUCUCAAUUGUCAAAAUUCUUAUGUGGAACCUCACAAAAUUCGGGACAUCCCUGUGACCAUCAUGGACGUGUUUGACCAGAGUGCACUGUCCACGGAGGCCAAGGAGGAAAUGUACAAACUGUACCCUAAUGCCCGGAGAGCUCACCUCAAGACAGGAGGCAAUUUCCCCUACCUGUGCAGGAGUGCCGAGGUCAAUCUCUAUGUGCAGAUACACUUGCUGCAGUUCCACGGAACCAAGUACGCCGCCAUCGACCCGUCGGUGGUCAGUGCAGAGGAGCUGGAGAUGCAGAAAGGCCGGCUCGGCCUCAGCCAGGAGGAGCCGUAGAGGGGCUCCUGACACCCGAGCCAGCGAGGUCUUUUACAAUCAGUUCAGGUUCAUGGGGCACACUGGUCCUCAUGGUUUAGAAGCAGGACUGUUGUCAUCUUCGUGACAGGAAUCCACCAUCUAAGCCAGUGUGACAGUCUCCUCUCCAGGCUUGUUUUUGCUUGUUUUUGGGUUUGUUUUUUUUUUUUUAACUUUUGAAUUUGAAGAACUUUUAAAGACUCCCAUUUAAGAAUUGUGAAACUUUUGCUACCGAAAAGUCUUCUCUGCCAUCGCGUGUUUAUUUCGAAGGCUUGGGAUCACGUGGCAUUUUCUCUUUCCAUGUCUUCUUCCUGCUUUCUCUGUUACGCACUGUAACCCUGCACAUGCAGAUGGGAAGAGGAACAUGGGCUCUUUUAUGCAUUCCUGGGCAUAAUCAGAGUGCCAAGGCUGGUAGCCUGCUGGCCGACCCUACAAACCAGCCAUCUUAGUUCCUGGUUGAGCACACCAUUUCGAGUAUUAGCUGUUGUAUUUCUAGACAUUACAGUCAUUUGGAAUAAAAAUUGAAUUUCA